AUGGCUGCGGCAAAACGAUCCACCACACUCGAUCAGAUCGAUGACCAAUAUCUAACGUGCAGUAUAUGCUUUGAGAGAUUCAACAACGCAAAGAUCCUGCCGUGCCAACAUUCCUUCUGUGAACUAUGUCUUUUGAAGUGGGUGAACAAGCACAGACAAGACAGAUGUCCGGUAUGUAGACACAAGUGUCAGCUGUCCACAAGUAGAAUACGAAAACUUCCGUCGAGUUUGUUGAUCAACGGCGUCAUUGGAAUUAUAGAAGCCCGGGAGAAACAACUCAGAGGGGGACCAUGUGAUGGUUGUCUUAACAACCCCUCAUCUAAUAGAUGCGUGGACUGCGCUAUGUUUCUAUGUAGAAACUGCAGCAUGGCGCAUAAAUAUAAGCCAGUGAGUCGCAAUCACCAUACCAUGACGACUGAUCAAUACCAGCAGGCCAGAUUAAAAGAUCCAUCAAUUGCACAGCUCGCUGUCAACUGUACAGCCCAUAAUGAUAAGGUUAUCGAGUUUUAUUGUGAAACGUGUCAGAUACCGACAUGCGGAUCCUGCAUCAGGCAGAUACACCGAGAGCAUGUGUUGGUCGAUAUAAACCAUGCUGCUGACGAGGUUCGAGUUUUAGCAACCGAGAAGAUUACAUCACUGAAAACCAAAGUCACACAAGCACGUGUGAGCAGAGAACGUACCAUGGAACACGUCGGGGAAUUGGAUAGGGAAUAUAACAAACAAGUAGAGCGUAUAAAACUACAUGCAAAGAAAACUAGAAUCAGCAUCUUCAAGAAGUUGAAACAGUUAGAGCAGAGUCACCUCGAACAUUUGAAAAGGUCUCGCGACCAGAUCAACGGGGAACUUGAUACGCACCUCCACACGCAUGAGCAGGUAGAGGAACUAGUCACGAGUACACUGACUUUCACAGAGAGUCUAUUGCAGCAUAGUAGUUCCGCAUUGUUAAUGAAGACCAGCAAAGAGACGACGAAUCAGUUAGAUACUAUGGCGGAAAUUGAUACAGUGUUUAAACUACACAGGAAAACCUUACCUACAUUUUGCCCUGCUGACGUGACCAUUAAAGGUACUCUUGGGUCAUUUUCACAUGUUGCCCAGUGUGAGUUAGAAACUAUGUCUGGUAGUGGCUCCACGGCAGGUAGCCACAAAGGGUUAGAAUCUGGAAAAAUAGAAAUAGAAAUUUCCCGCGCAAAACCUAUUUCUAGCCAGCAAGAAUUGCAAACUAGGCCCGGGAGAGAACGGGAUCUUCUAGAACAAACUUUGGAGUCCGAUUAUGCUGGUGAUAAUGACAUUAAAUCUGACCACAGUGAGUCUAUUACUUCUGCUCCUAGUUCGAACGAGGAAUCAUCAACCAGUCAGACACGCUUUGAUACAAUGAUUGAAACUCGUAGUGACGUCACUCUACAUUCUGAAUUGUGUCUUGAAAAAAGUUUAGGUACAUACGGUGAAGGAUCCGGCAACUUCAACUGGCCAUUGGGUGUGACAGUCACUGCACAUGGUGAUAUUGCGGUUGCAGACCAGCGUAACUAUCGAGUUCAAAUCAUAGACAGAAACGGUAAAGAAAAAAUGAGCAUCCAUAAUGAGGGUACUGUAACAUUCUUUGGAAUUAAGAAGAGUUACCCCAUAGAUGUAGCGAUAUCUAAAGAUGGCAGGUACUUAAUAACUGAUGGAAAUAAGGCUUACAGUGGAAAGACGUCUCUCAGAUUCCGUAAAACAGAAGGAUGUAAUUUCAAUCAGGUUCUUGUAUGCAACCAAAGCGGAAGAUUAAUUAGCUGCUUCGGAAAGAAUGAAUUACGAAAUCCUUGUGGCAUUGCCAUUAGCGAUAGUAGAAAACUUGCAUAUAUUGUGGAUGAAAGUGCAAAUUGUGUAUUAGUAUACGAGACAGACAGUUAUACGUACGUCAAGUCAUUUGGUAAGGGUCAUCUUCACGGGCCAACGUUUAUCGCCGUUAAUAAUAAAGACGAUAUCAUUGUCAGUGAUACACAUCAUCACUGCGUUAAGGUGUUCAACUGUGAGGGCGAGCUGAGUUUCAGUUUCGGUUCACGUGGCAGUGAAGAUGGUAAAUUUUUAUAUCCGUUCGGGGUUGCCACUGAUAACCAUGGCAACAUAUACGUGUGUGAUUAUGGUAAUAGCAGAAUCGUAAUUUUCGAUUUUAGAGGUGAACUUAUUACUUCAAUCAAAGAAGUGCCUUGGCCGACCGGCAUUGCUGUUACUGGUGACGUACCGUGUAAGAUUGUCGUCACCACAGAGUGUGUGCAAAUAUAUGCAUAA